AUGCACGUUGACUCGAUCAAGCCAAGGACCGACUGGAAAGGGACGACGUUCGCUCGAUUCGAGAUGGGAAGGACCGAGUUCGACUGGGUAGGUGGCCGGGUGCUGGAAGGCUGCACCGACUGCCGAUCGCCGAAGAACCGACAAACGGUGACAGAACCCGUGGAGGGGCGCCUGUGGCGGGCGCGCGGGACGGUAUGGACGGCGUUCGAACCGUCCGCAAACCCACUCUUCCUGGCGGAUGCGGUGGAUGAUCUCCGUCUCCCGACCACUUUUCAUCAUCGUCCUGCCAUUCUCUGCUGGACAUCGGGACGAGACCAGACAUCUCAGGCUGCCCAAAAGUCCCGUGUGGGCCUCUGGCACUCAUUCGAAUCAAUUCGCGACCAUGCGAGGGCCACGAUAAGGGAAUCAGGGAUCUACGACACCCCGCCAGGGCUCCUACGUGACUGGCCAAACCUGCUAGGCAUGCUAAACAGUGCGUGGGCGGCUUUAGCGGCUAUCAAAGCUGCUAUCUCUGACUCGCGCGGGCACGGUGAAACUCUGACCUGGAAAGAUAUCAAAUGGCGUGUUCUUCCCCGCCACAUAUAG